AUCUUUGUACACUGAUGUUCAUUAUCAACUUCCGGGUGAACUGGUGUGACCUUGGUUGGUUACUCAUCAUGGCGGCUAUAGUUCGGUUGAGUUCCGUUUGUCGCAGAGGAUUUCACCCUCUGGUCUACCAAAGCACCUUGCUGGCAAGACCUUUGGUUGUAUCACACAAACAUCAAGAGAAGACUCCCCUGUUCACUGCAAGGAUUCAUUCAUCCCACGCUCUAAAUGCGAGCUCUGGCUCCAAAGCCGCCUCUCUGCAUUGGACAGCUGAGCGAGUAUUGAGCAUCCUGCUUUUGGCCAUGGGGCCUGUUGCCUAUUUUCACCCCGUUCCUGCUAUAGAUUACUCACUCGCUGCUGCACUCACCCUACAUGGACACUGGGGUUUAGGCCAGGUGUUAACAGAUUACGUUCACGGGGACACCAAGAUCAAGAUAGCCAAUGCCGGUCUCUUCCUUCUGUCAUCAGUCACAUUUGCUGGUCUUUGCUACUUCAACUACAAUGACGUGGGCAUCUGCAAAGCCGUCGCACUGCUUUGGAGCAAAUAAACAUUAACAUGAACUGGCAAGCUCUGAACAAUGACCCAAAUGUGUUUAAUGUAAAUUCCUAUAAAUAUACAGCUUUGGCAAUAUUUCCAGUGAUUCACAAGUGUGUAAUUGUAUUUCAUGUUAAUUAGUUCUACUCUCUUUUGACAGCAAAAUGACUUUUAGCCAAUUCUUGUACCUGCAUAGAAGGGAAUUGCCUGUCUCUGAUCAGUGUGGGCAGUUUGUCAAUUUGUGUGCAGUUGAGAAGUUGGCCCAUGUCUUUACUAUGCCAUAUCACUUAGUCCACAUAUUUUUCCACAAAGCGUUUUUACAUUGUACAGACCAGAAGUCUUGUUUGACAGCUAUUUUUUUUUUUUUUGGGGGGGGGGGAUGAUUUUCAAAAAUGUUUUGUUUCGAUUACUCAGUCAUACGGAAGAAUUGAUCUUUAACCCACCUUCAGAUAUGCUAUUGUUGUAUUUUAAUGGUGCAGUCGAGAUGCCUCAUAUUGAUCGAAGGUUUAUUGCCACCUAAAAAGAUGAAAGCCUGUAUUCGUACCUGUCUUUUACUGUGAGCCACGCAGCUUUAAAAUAUAGCUGAUGUACCUUUG